CGUAUGAGACAACCACUUUAAGUCUUAUCCACUUGAAUUCAAGGAGAGAAAAACUACUAAACUUUCAUUUUCUUAAAAUAAAAGAUCUUUGCUUUAGUCCUAAUCUCCUCAAAGCAAAGAGAGAGAAAGGAGGAAAAUUGUGAAAUUGAACUCACUUUGCUUUUUCAGCAACUCUUCCUUCAUAGAAAAUAUAGCUAUAGAUGAAGUUGGCCAACGGUUAACUUCCCUCCAAAUCUUCGAGUCUCUUACAAUCAAAGCAAAGUUCAGCAGUCCAUUCUUGGUCACCAUCUGAGACUCAAACUUCACCUUCCUGACACAUCCUCCAUACCAAUCUUCACCUUCAUCCUUCUAUAUACACAUACAUAUACCUUAUAUCCUCUGCUUCAUAUAUAAUUUCAAGUUCUCAUGGCAUAAAGUUUGUGUGUUUGUGAGGUUCAGAAAUAUUUGAAGCUGAUUUCAAUUGUUUAUACUUGUGGGGUUGCUGAAUCUUCUCCUCAUGUGCCUUCAAGAGAUCUAUGUUAUUUUGAAUGAAAUUUCUUGAAUGGUUCUUUCCUUUAAAUUAUUCUCUCUAGAACUUCCACAUAGGUUCUUUCCUUCCAAUUCUUAAUGGUAAUUUUCAGCCUUAAGAAUCAAACAAAGACUUGGUCUUAGCACACUUUUUUCAAUUUUGAACAAAUUCUGACCUGAAUAUCAAAAGGGGUAUCCUCUCUUCAAUUUCCACAAGUUUUUCAAUUUCCAAUGAGUUCUCCAUGCCCAUCAGAGCUAUUGUUCAGUUCAAGCAGCACAGUUUCAAUUCCUUCAAAUUCUGCAUCAGAAAACAACAUGGGCAGUGUCCAAUUAAACAGGCCUUCCUCACCUUCAAUUAUGACAAGGGUGGCCAUGAGAGCCUCUAGAUCAAGAUGGUUCACCUUCUUGAGAAGAGUUUUCCAUUACCAGAAUGGACCAAGGUCUGAUCUUGGCUCCAACCCUUUCAAUUCCAGCACUUGGAUGAUGCUGGAAUUGAUUGCUCUGAUGGUGCAGAUAACCAGCACAACUUUCACCUUAGCAAUUUCAAAGAGUGAGAAGCCUAUUUGGCCAAUGAGGAUUUGGAUAGCAGGUUAUGACAUAGGUUGUGUACUUAAUUUGUUGCUUCUUUGUGGCCGCUACCAUCAGCUUCAUGUGACUCAUGAUGGCCUUUCUGAUAUGGAGCAGCAGAGUAACAAUGAAGAAACCAGUGUAUACAGGAGCUCACCUUUGAUGAUGAAAUGCAGAAGCUCACUGGAACUUUUCUUUGCCAUAUGGUUUGUAAUGGGAAAUGUUUGGGCAUUUGACUCACGUUUUGGAUCAUUCCAACAAGCUCCAAAGCUCCAAAUCCUCUGCAUCAUCCUUCUUGCUUGGAAUGCAAUCUGCUACUCUUUCCCUUUUCUGCUGUUUCUUCUCCUCUGCUGUUGCGUGCCACUAGUUAGCACCCUCCUCGGAUACAACAUGAACAUGGGUUCCUCUGCUAGAGGUGCCUCUGAGGAUCAAAUCUCACAACUUGCCAGCUGGAAAUUUAAAGCUGCUCAUGCCAACUUAGACCUCAGCAAUGAUGACCCUCAAAGCAGUGAAAGAUUGAUCAAUGAAGAUCCUGAGUGUUGCAUUUGCUUAGCCAAGUACAAAGACAAGGAAGAAGUUAGGCAACUGCCCUGUUCCCAUUUGUUCCACCAAAAAUGUGUGGAUCAAUGGCUAAAGAUUAUAUCAUGCUGUCCUCUUUGUAAACAAGGAUUACAAAGAUAGCAACAUGACAACUCAGACAUUAAUCUUAUCUGAUAUAUAAUAUAUACACACUCCAAAGAUAUAUUUUUUUCUUUUUCACUUUGGUUACAUGAGUGACUGUACAUGUACGGAAGAUGUCACCAGUAACCAAAACUACACAAUUGAAUACUUGGUUCAUAGGAGUGAAUCCCAUUAAAUCUGAUAUUAGUGGAUUGCAUCUCCAAAAGUUUUUCUUUUCCUGUGAAUUGCUUGCACUAGAUUUUAUUAUCCUUUUCUUAACUAUUGUAAGGUGAGUUUCACUGUAUGGAAUAAUGAAGUAAAUUUUUGUA